AAUGGAGAAUGGGCUGAUGAUCCCACCUAACUUCAGCCUCUUCAACGUGGUCCUGGAGAUGAGAAAGCAGCGGCCUGCAGCUGUGCAGACAGAGGAGCAAUACAGAUCCUAUACCACACGGUGGCUCAGAUGUUCUUCUCAGCAGUCCAAAACAUCAGCCCUCUUUGCCAGAAUUUCAAGGAGAAUUGUGCCCCAGUCUACGAUGAGGCCCUCUCCUUCCAGACUUCCCAGAUGCUUCCCACCACACGGCGCCCACCUGGCCAGGUCCUCAGGUACCCAGCUCCAUCUCUUCAUUCUUCCCUUUCCAAUUUCUCAUGCUCAGAGGCUAACUCUUUCCUUGUUCUUGAAACACCAGCCCUUCCUUGCUGUUCAGUUUAUCAAAUAUUCACUGGCUCUUUCUUUGAACUGAGUCCAGGAACCUGCCCCAAGAUGACACUGGACCCAGGGAUCCCACUGCCUCUGCCUCUAAGAAGCCUCUCCGUGCCUGGGCCCCCGGCCCUCACCAUGGCCGACACGUAUGCGGUGGUGCAGAAGCGCGGGGCGCCGGCGGGCACCGGGGCCGGGGCGCGGGGGCGCGGCGCAGAGGAGGGGCCGCUCUACAGCCAGGUGACGCCGCGCGCCCGGCUGCUGCAAGCGCAGGCGGUGAACGCGCGUGGGGUGCUGCCCAGCGGCGUUCCUGCUGAUCAAAGCCCUGCUGGGCCUGACGCCUAUGAGGACGUGGUGGAUGGAGCUCAGAGUGGUGGGCUAGGCUUCAACCUACGCAUUGGAAGGCCUAAGGGGCCCCGGGACCCCCCUGCUGAGUGGACCCGUGUGUGAGUGCUGGACCCUGCCUGCCUGUUGCCCCACGUGGGCACCUGGACUGCUGACGGCCAUUCUUUGCUAUGUGAAGUGUUGGGAAUGGGAAAGCUGGUCCUGGAUCAAAAUAAAAGUUUCUCAGGGUGGAAAUGUA